CUGUUGGCGCACAAGUGGGUUGUUCUGCGUCUUUGGGCCGAGGUUGGCAAAUUAUUGUGGGGAAGCAGAAGGGAAAACCAGAGAACAAAUAUUUUGUAAGCGCCUGUCCAGAGGAGCUGCCAGCGCCCGCACUGAACGUUGGCGAAUGAGACCAGGAGAUGCACUAUGCCAAUAGUUGACAAAUUAAAAGAGGCCCUGAAGCCUGGCCGGAAAGACUCAACGGAUGAUGGGGACCUCAGUAAACUGCUUGCAGCUUCUGCCAAGAAGGUACUGCUACAGAAGAUUGAAUUUGAACCAGCUACCAAGGGGUUCAGCUACCAGUUAGAGAGCCUCAAAAGCAAGUAUGUUAUCCUUAACCCGAAACAAGAGGGGGCCACUGGACAGAAGGAAAGUGAUCAGAUAGUGGCAAAGAAACAAGAUUUUGAAUAUACAUUUGGUACAGUUAAUGAUGGCAUCCCUGCUCCUCAAAAGAUGCUUUUUCCAGGAAACAAGCUGACCCUUAAAUGGGAACGGGUUUAUCGAGUUGGAGCAGGCCUCCACAACCUGGGGAAUACAUGCUUUCUCAAUGCCACUAUCCAAUGUCUCACAUACACCCCACCGCUUGCCAACUACCUUUUAUCCAAGGAGCACAGCAGACAAUGUCAACAAUCUGGGUUUUGCAUGAUUUGUAUCAUGCAAAACCAUUUGACCCAGGCAUUUGCAAACAAUGGCAAUGCAAUCAAGCCAGUUUCUUUCAUCCGAGAUUUGAAAAAAAUUGCAAGGCAUUUUCGCUUUGGCAGUCAAGAAGAUGCACAUGAAUUUUUGCGCUAUACAAUUGAUGCAAUGCAGAAAGCCUGCCUCAACGGUUAUGCCAAGCUUGACAGACAGACACAGGCUACAACUUUGGUUCACCAGAUAUUUGGAGGAUACCUCAGGUCAAGAGUUAAGUGUUCAGUAUGUAAAAGUGUUUCUGACACUUACGACCCCUAUUUGGAUAUUGCUUUAGAAAUCCGGCAAGCUCCAAAUAUUGUUCGGGCUCUAGAACUGUUUGUAAAAGCUGAUGUUCUCAGUGGAGACAAUGCCUACAUGUGUGCAAAGUGCAAAAAGAAGGUUCCAGCAACUAAGCGCUUUACAAUUCAUCGACCUUCAAAUGUCUUGACUUUGUCUCUUAAGAGAUUUGCCAACUUUAGUGGGGGAAAAAUAACAAAGGAUGUUGCUUAUCCAGAAUUCUUGAAUAUCUGUCCAUACAUGUCUCAAAGCUCUGGUGAUCCUAUCAUGUACGGUUUAUAUGCUGUUCUGGUCCAUUCAGGGUAUAGCUGUCAUGCUGGUCAUUACUACUGUUAUAUCAAGGCCAGCAAUGGACAGUGGUACCAGAUGAAUGAUUCCAUGGUACAUCCUAGCAAUAUCAAAGUUGUUCUUAAUCAACAAGCAUAUGUUUUGUUUUACCUAAGACUGCCAGACACAAAGAAGAAUUUGGAUGGUCUUUGUUGUAAGCCUGGAUCUGUGCCACACAUUAAGAGUAUGCAAACUCCAGAAAUAACGAAGAAAAUCACUCUCAAUGGACCACUGUCUUCACCACAAGUAAUGAAGAAACCUGACUCCUCUUUGUUGAGGAAGACCCAAACCGUGGAUGAAAUUGGUGUUUCAGUUAGUCGAAAUGGCAUUAGCUCAUCUUCAAAAGUACAAUACAGUUCUCAGUCUCCAAGGACACCAUCAAAGGUGUCAAAUUCUCCUGCUGUGAUUGAAGAGUCAUUUAAAAAAGUAAAGAAGACAUCUCCACAGCUGCAGACAAAAAACAGUCUGGGGUCAGCCAUCAAUGGUAAUGGGAACAAGACUGAGAGCGACAAAAGGCAGUCAUCUGAAAGCAGGAAUAUGGCCACAUCUACCUCACUGAAGUCUUUGUCUGAAAUGACAUCAGACAGACAGGAUGAAAAGGAUUUGAAUUCUAAUGGAUCUCAGUGGAAGGAAAUUGACAAUCCACGCACCAUUCUAAAUGGAGAAAACACUUUGAGAAAUAGUCUGAAAGGCCUUCCAGCCUCACCUAGUCUGAGGCUGGAAACGUAUAGUGCCAAUACUGAGGAUCAGAAGAUGGCAAAGUUAAAGCCCCAGGUGCUUACUAACAUCGCAUCUGAAACUGCAAGCACGAUGUCACCUCCACCUGCAAAGAAGUUGGCUCUUUCAGCAAAGAAGGACAGCUCCCUCCCGAUGUCGAGCGGCAGUGAGCAUAAAGUCUCCCAACUCCAUCUUCCUAAUGGACCUUUUCAUUCAGCGCAACACCAGCCCCUCACCUACUCAUCUCCUGCACAAAAAGACAGGGGUGUCCCAUUUCAUUCUUCCAAGUCUCCAACAACAUGUGAAUUAAGAUUAGAUUGUCCAUCUUUUUGUAAAAGCCCCAAAAAGUCACUUCUCCCCUUAAUUUCUGAUUCCCUGAACUUAAAACAGCUGCCUUUCUCUCAGCUGGAGAUUAAUGGAUCCUCUAGCUUAGUCUCUAGAAGCACCAGACUGUCUGGCUCAGACUCAUCAGCGGAGCACAUAAAACCAUUAGGUACUGACCUAACUGAUGCCUCUGAGCCAAAAUGCAGUGAUCAUUACAAAAGAAAAAAGAAAAAACAUAAACGGGGAAAAAAGGGCCAAGAGUAUUGUUUAAAAGAAUCACAUUGUGCGGCAGGGAACUAUGGAGAUGAGUCUGGAGAAGUUCUACACACAGUGAAAAAGAAAAAAAGGAAGCGAAAGCAUGAGGAUGAGGAAUCAGAGGUGGGAGAAAAUCGAAAGACCAGUGUGCUUUCUCAUCUGGAGCAAGAGAGCCACAGGGGUCAAAUGGAGACAUGCAGCACUUCCACUGGGGGUGACCAUUCAAAGCUAAGCCCUAGUUUGGAUACUGUCUUGAACAAUCCCAUAAGCAAGAAACACAAAAAGAAACACAAGAAGAAAUCUAGGAAGAAGCAUGAAGACACACCUGUAUGCAACACUGACAGUCAACCAGAACUGGAAAGUUUUCUUGGAAAUGACUCUCGUAAGGUAAAGAAAAGAAAGAAAAAGAAAAAAAAAUGUCGAGAAAGGGAAGAAGGGAUUAACCAUGGGCAAAAAAGAAAGCAGGAUGAUGAAGAUGAUCCUCUUGAAGCCAUUCCUGUCUGUGAAAGAAACACCAAAGACUCCAGUCACGCAGCAGUGUUUAAUUGGGACAGCCAAGUCCGUGAUGGGUACCAUCGCAAUGCAAACCUUCCCAAUCCAGAGAAGUCAAAUUCAGAGAGUUUGACAUCCAGUCUAGCAUGGGAUGGCAAAAAAGAUUUGAACGUUGUGAAUGAACUUUGCAGACAUUCCAUGGACACUGCUUAUGGCACCCAAGUUCUUACCUGGGAGGGGGAAGUCUCAGCUGUUAGUCAAGAUGCUAUCGAAGAUUCUGCAAUUGCCAGGAAAAAUACUGUAAUUGAUGCCUGGGAUGAGGAAUUUGAUACUGGAACAGUGAAAAAGGUAAAAAAAUUCAAGAGGGAGAAAAGAAGACACCAUAAUGUUUUCCAGAAUUUUCAAAAUCGGCGUAAUUUCUGGUUAGCAAGUCAUCCUGGUAAAUUUCCCAGUUUUGGCUAUCGAUACUGACUGUAGUGUGUUCAGGCAAUAAAAAUGACACAGGAAAUUGUCUAAAGAAGAAUGUCCCAGCAUUUCAUUUUAGUAGAAAGGAAAUUGGCCAGGAAAACAGAGACCUUAUUCAGAGCUUCUAAGACCCAUUCAAUGAUGCCAAGGUGUACUGCCAGUGUAUGAAAAUGUUUAUAAGUUUGGGCUCAAAAAGGAAAGUUAAUUUAAAAAUGGGAGUGGCAUAUUUUUAAUUUUAUUGUUAAUGUAUGUUUUGUUUGUUAAAAAAUAUUCACACUAACUCUCAUUGACAGAUGUAAUCUUAGUGGCAAUUUGUUGAGGCUGGGCAAACAUCUCGGCAUGGAUAUUGGGGUUAUGCAUUCUGUGCUCCCUUCUGGAAAGUUCGCUUUAAAUGGGGAAAAAAAAUCACUGCCAUAUGGCCUAAUGUCCUUCUAUAAUAUACAUGGCAAUAUCUAAUUCCCACAUGUGGAGAGGUCAAAUUUGUAAGAUAUUUGUCUGUUUUUAAUGUUUUUAAAAAAUAUCUUUGUUUUUAUUUUUUAUUUUCCUUUAAUCAUUUAGAUGGAAUAGGAAAGGAAACUUCAGUAGUUUAACCAACUGUCAUCCCUCUUUACAAAGAGAUUUUUCUACAUGUUAAACAAAAAGAAAUAACAUUUUCACUUAGCAGCAUCUUGGUCACCAUAAAGCAGUAUGUUUCAUCGUUGUGUUCCAUAAAUCACUAAACAUGUUUGGGCUGUCUUUAAAGUGCGAAGUUGCUGAGGUAAAGAGUAUAAGCCUAGAAUAAUGAGAGACAUUUUAAAGGUAAGGAGGUCUGCGUGUAAUUGAACUGCUUGGAUUCGCAAUGUUGAUUUAAGGCCAUCCAUGAAUUGCUAGACAGAAGACUGAACUAAACACAUGCUGCUACGUGACCUGCCUGCUGGAAAUUGGCCUUGAUCAUAUCUAAUCUUAUUUACUAUUUUUUAAACAGCUGAAAAGGGCACUUGUAAACUCAGGUAAUUUAUUAAUUCUGAAAAGUGUAUUUUUUAAGGUCAGAUCUCGGAAUCCGUUAUCAUUUUUAAUUUACUCCGAGACCAAACCAGCUUUUUGAUGCGUUUUCCCUAGCUAUUGCUAGAGAAAAAUAACCAAAUGCUAAGAUGCGUAUUUUAAGCAAACACCGUUUUUGUGACUGAACAAAAGGAGUAGUUCUGAAAAGUAGUUUUGCAGUAAACAGUAUGGCAGUUGUGAUCAUCCAUGUGUAUUCCGUGCUGAAAUAACUACGUUUUGUUGUUUUCCUUUGGCUUUCCAUCUUCUUAUGAAUUCAUUUUUUUUUUUUUUACAUUUUUGUUUAAAAUUUAAUUUACUGUCCAGUCCUUGUUUUAAAUGAGGUUAACACUCUCAGGAGACUGAAACCAAGAAUGAAUUGGAGCAAAAGUAACCAUUGCGGUUGUUAAGAAGGGCAGUUCUGCAUGAAGCGAGUUUAAAAUUCUGACUUUAUUGACAGAUAAAGAAGCUGCUGCAGCAAAACAUUGUGAUAGACAAUAGGGCCUCAACGGCUAGAAUGCGUACCCUCACGAUGUGCACUUUAUUUACCAGAAAAAUAACAUGUUUCAGUAUUGCAUGUUUGUAUUUCAAACUGUUAGCUUAUAGCAAGUGUGUUUAAGGUAACAUUUAAGUGUUGGCAUUUCGUAAUAACUUAUCAUUCCCUCUGAUUUCCCAUAUCCAUCACAUUUUCAUUAUUCUUUACUAAUGGUACAUAUUGUUCAGUAUGUUCCAAUGGUUCAUUUUAGGAGCUGAUUUGGUUUCUCAACUGAAUAUUUCAUGUAACCGUCUUUGCCUUAAUCCUUGUUUAAAUCAAAUUUGAUCCCUAAAGUCAAUUGAGUUUUGUUUUUUUUUUUAACAUUGUGCUUUUUAAUCAGAUUGGUUCUAGACUCCCAGCUAAUAUAAACAUUUUUAUACACCUGAAGUUUUGACUUGCACUUUUGACCGUGUCUGUCGCAGUUAGCCCUCUGCCACACUUUCCCGAAGCAGUGCGUAUCCUCAGUUGUUGUUAUGAUAGUGUUGUUCCCCACACCCUCUCCUAAAUGAUUCAAAAAAUGUGCUCUUUUUUCAGAUGCCUCGGCUAGUUUGCUUUGAUUAUAAGGGAAAUGUUUCUGAAUGGAUCUGAAAAUAAAUACAAUGGAGUUUGCCACCCUAGCUGAAAAGGCAAGAGAAAGUUAAAAAUAGGAACACACCUCACACCUUCUUUCUAUGCAAUGUCAGUGAAAGACCAUUAAACUGUUUUCCACUAUAGGACAUUAAGGGGCUUUUGAUGAUUCCAUGAUUAUUGUGUUAAUAUUUAUAUUAAUCAAUUUUUUGAAUGAUUUGUAUUUACUUGGGAAGAAAAAGAAUCCUACUAAGUGUAGCCACAUACUGUGCCAGUGAACAUUGGCUGUCCCUCAUAUUUCUAUUAAUUUUAUUACAUUUUUAGAAUGUAUAGAAUUGUAAAGAGGUCAGCAUUUGAAGGGAAUCUACAUCUUUUAAACGGAUUCUUUUCUGAUAAGAGAAAAAGUAAAGCUCAUCCAGUUAAAAAACAAAAUGUAAGCCUGUGCUUCCAAAAUUUUCCAGUGCUUGUUGAAAUGAAUUUCUUGGAUAAUGUUUAAUUGUAGAGUUAUAUUUUUAGAAUGAACUUCUAUUUGAGAGAAUGCAUUGUAGUAGCAGGUACAAAUGGACCGUAUCCUAGCAUUCAGUGCUUAAGUUAUAAGACAUGCAAUAUGUUCGGUAUAAAUAUGGUAUUAUAUGAUAUAUUUAAAAAAAAAAAAAAAUUGAACAAAAGUAUAGAAAAUGUUAUCAUCACAGAAACCUUUGUGGGAGAAUAUAUGACUGUGGAAUGACAUAAAAUUAAGUCUGCUUUCGAUUUCUUCCAGUGUUUAAAGUCAUAUCAUAUUUACAUUUAAAUUUAUGUAUUUUUGCAUCAUACUCUGUGGAUACAGUUUAUAUAGAGACUUUAAAAGAUGUCACAUAUAUGUAUAUAAUAUGUAAAUGAAGGUGCAAUAAAGUCUUAAUUUUGUGAAAA